AUGUUUAGUCGCAUUGGAGGCCGAUGCCUCCCAUGCUGUCGCCGGCGAGCUCUCCAGGUAUCCGUCCGAGUCCGCAAAUUCACAUCCAACCCAGGUGCCGCCGCUGCUGCUUCUGCGAAUCAUGCUGCUUCUACAUCCCCUCUCGGUGCUUUAACAGUUGAAUUGGAUCGAAUUUCUCCGCGGUUCGAAAUUCACGCGUCGCAUAUCAGGAUUAUCGAGUCUCCAGAGUCAUUCUACAAAACCCUCAAGCAUAAAAUAAGACAUGCGAAACGUCGAAUCUACCUCUCUACUCUCUACAUUGGCAAAACCGAACAUGAACUCAUAACUGUGAUUAGCGAAAGUCUACGCCAAAACCCUGAUCUUACGGUUUCCAUCCUCACCGACUGCCUAAGAGGCACCCGCGAAUCGCCCAAUCCAUCAUGCGCUUCCCUCCUAGCUUCGCUAGUAGCCGAACAUGGGCCUGAUCGAGUUGAAAUUAGAAUGUUUCAUACCCCCAAUUUGAUCGGCUUGAGAAAACGAUACGUCCCAAGAAGAAUUAAUGAAGGAUGGGGACUACAGCACAUGAAACUAUACGGCAUUGAUGAUGAAAUAAUACUUUCUGGUGAAAAGCAGAAAUCUGGCUACACCUUGGAAUGGCCAUCGGGAAAUACAGGCCAGUCUCCCCUGGAGCGCCCGGAGGACUUUAUUUCCAGCGCUUCAGCAAUACUUCCGAAAUUGAUAACCCCAACUACUUCCACACUUUCAGUCUCUUCGUUUUCAGAAGAUAAGACCUACGUAUAUCCAGUCGCGCAGUUCACUCCUCUUCUGAAGCCAGACGAAUCAACAGAGUUUCCCGCCGUCAUCAGCAUUCUUGGUGCUCUUUCUACCAACCCUGCGUUAGAAAACUCCAAGUGGCUUUUCACGGCUGGGUAUUUUAACAUCCACCCUGCUUUGUCCUCUCUUCUUAUCGCCAGCACAUCAUAUUCCACAUCCCCACAUACACAGGGCGUCGUGCUCACAGCCUCGCCUUGGGCCAAUGGCUUCUAUGGUUCUCCUGGGGUCUCAGGCAUGUUGCCAGCAGGAUACACGUACCUCUCAGCCCGAUUUCUUGAUCGUGUUGCAGAAGCACAAAAGACAAAUUCAAUCCAGUUAAAGGAAUGGCGGCGCGGCACUGUAGGUGAACCAGGUGGCUGGACGUACCACGCAAAAGGCCUUUGGAUCACGCUUCCAAACGAGAAAACUCCUAGCUUGACUUUUGUGGGAAGCAGCAACUAUACGAAACGCAGCUACAGUCUUGAUCUGGAGGUUGGCGCAGUGGUGGUGACGACGAAUGAACAGUUGAAGCAAAGACUGGGAGAGGAGGCGGCGUGGCUUCAAGAGGAUGCCAAGGCGGUAUCUAGAGAGGAUUUUAGAAAAGUAGAGAGACGUGUCGGGUGGCAUGUAAGAUUGGCAAUGUGGAUUGUUAACAUUGUUGGUGGAGCGAUGUGA